AUGACGGCUCAGCAAUCGCAUGAGACGGCACUAGAACUCGCCUCCGCUGUCUCUCAGCUUCAGCAACGAGCUGCGGGACAGCCAGCGGCCCAGAUCAACCAGCGAGGCCAGGUGGCGCCUCAGGUUGGUCAGCGACGAAGGGAGCACCGCCGACUGGCGGAUCAAGUCGACCACGGCCAGCAGCACUCGUUUCGACCCGCUCAGCACCAGCUGGCGCUUCAGGGCAAGCUCCAGGCGCUGCUUCAGGAGCCUGAUGGGACGGGCGUGGAACUCUUCCCCUUCCAGCAAGCCCUCCAGGGUGUUGGGCAGGGUGGCCGCGUGGUCGUCGCCAGGGUCAUUGUGUCCCCCGUCAAAACUCACCUCAUCAUAUGGAAGCAGGUGUGUGGCACCUGUCCGUGA